UUUUCAUUAGAUAUCGAGCUGGCGAAUAAGCACGGCCACACAUGUCUAAUGAUAGCAUGUUACCGAGGGCACGUGCGAAUCGCAAAAUUCCUCCUGGCCCUAAAAGCAGACACAAACCGAAAAUCAGUAAAAGGAAACACAGCUCUGCACGACUGUGCAGAGAGCGGCUCUCUGGAGAUCUUAAAAAUCUUAGUGGAGCAUGGAGCUCGAAUGGACGUCGACUCCUACGGGAUGACCCCAUUACUGGCCGCGGCAGUGGCUGGACAUUUGCAUAUCGUCGAGCACUUAAUAGGAAUCCCGCAAUUAGUGUCCCGAAAGGAAAAAAUCGACGCUCUGGAAUUAUUAGGCGCGACUUAUGUCGACAAAAAGCGCGACAUGAUUGGUGCACUGGAGUGCUGGAAGCGCGCGAUGACCGAGCGGUACCACGGCGAGGGAAAAGUUAUUGAAAAACCUCCCCGACCUCCUGGGGUAGGCGCCUACGAUUACGCUGAAGAAAUAGCAGACGCCGAGGGCUUGGACGAAUUGCUGGCCGAUCCGGACGAAAUGCGUAUGCAAGCUCUGGUCAUACGCGAAAGAAUCCUCGGGCCCGCUCAUCCCGACACUAGUUAUUACAUCAGAUAUCGCGGAGCUGUCUAUGCUGACUCCGGGAAGUUUGAGAGGUGCAUUGAGCUCUGGAAUUAUGCGCUGGAUAUGCAGCAGAGCAUGCUGGAGCCUCUUAAUACUAUGACUCAGAGCUCGUUGUUUAGUUUUAUUGAGUUGUUUAGUUUUAUGGUCGGUGAGGAGGGAAGACAGACUCCAAGGGGACGCAGGAUUCCGUCUGUUGAGAGACAUGAGUUGAUGAGAGUCUUUAAAAAAGCGGUAAUUAUAUUUUUUUACUGU